AUGCUUCUAACCAAAGUGAGUGUGCCUGGGAACCUGGAAGACUUCAGGUGCAGUGAACAUCAUAUGGAUUCUAUAGCCGUUAAUAACGGCACAGCACAAGAAGAACAGUCCUGGAAUAGCACGCCGCUGGUUUUGCGGCAACAUGAAGGGAUCGAGGAAGUGACUGGUUUGACAGCCUUUGCGGUUACACUUUCUCCUGGUUCAGUUUGCCAGGAACGCAAUGAAUGGCUGCAACAGAAGCCGUUUUUUCACAAAACUACACCACAACAGGUCAACACUGGAAACACAGACAUUUACAGACUCGUUGAAGAGUUAAAUUCACCCCAGCAAAGCCCCAAUUCUCCUCGGGGCCAGGAAAUGGGUGAACUGUGCAGGAUUUUGAGUCAGCUAACCCAGCAGAUGGAGGUUUUGACUCCCAAUGGGCAGGAAGUAGCCGUGCUGCUAACCAAUGUGAGUGUGCCUGGGAACCAGGAAGACUUCAGGCACCAUGAAUGCCAUAUGGAUUCUAUAGCCAUUAAUAAUGGCACAGCUCAAGUAGAACAGUCCUGGAAUAGCACACUGUUGGUUUUGCGGAAACAUGAAGGGGCCGAGGAAGUGAAUGAACCAGGAGACAGUGUAACUGUCAAAGCUGUCAACCCAGUUCGGCAGCUUCUUCAUUAUGUAAAGAAUGUUCAUUUCAAAAAUAAAGUUGGAGACACUGUAUAUUUUGAUAGAAAUGGAGAUCCAGCAGGUGUUCUUGAUAUUGUAAACUGGCAGAUUACCACCAAUAGUACGAUACAGCAUGUGCAUGUUGGCAGUUUCAACCUCAGUGCCCCUCAAGGCCAGGAGUUCAGUCUCAACAGGAGUGCCAUUGUAUGGAAUGUAGCCUUCCAGAAGACUCCCCAGUCAGUGUGCUCUGAGAGUUGUCUUCCAGGAUAUCGCAAAGCUAGUCGACCUGGGCAGUCUGCCUGUUGUUUUGACUGUAUCUUAUGCUCUGAAGGGGAAAUCACAAACCACAGUGAUUCAGUGGAUUGUAUGAAAUGCCCAUUGUAUUACCUGUCAAGUGACGAAAGAACCUCCUGCAUCCCUAAGGUAACAGAAUAUCUUUCAUACCAAGAUCCACUGGGAGCAGCAUUGUCUGCAGUCUCCAUUUCCUGUUCCAUGAUGGCAGCUUUCAUUUUAGCAACUUUCAUCAAAAAUCGAGAGACUCCAGUUGUGAAAGCCAACAACCGUGAAAUCAGUUACCUUCUCCUAGUGGCCCUACUGUUAUGUUUUCUUUGUUCUUUGUUAUUUAUUGGUUACCCAGUGUCUACAGUCUGUAUGUUCAGACAAGUUUCAUUUGGUUUAAUUUUUGCAGUGAGCUGUUCAUGUGUUCUGGCAAAGACAAUCACUGUAGCAAUUGCAUUUAGAGCUACAGAUCCAAACAGUAACCUGAGGAGAUGGGUAGGGCCAAAGCUACCAUAUUUGAUACUCUGGUGUUGUUGCGUUUUACAGGUAACUAUCUGUAUUCUUUGGCUGUCCCUUUCACCUCCUUUCCAGGAAAUUAAUAUGCUUUCCAAACCUGACAAAAUAAUAAUCCAGUGUAAUGAGGGUUCAAUUCUUGCUUUCUGGCUUAUGGUCGGUUACUUGGGAAUUCUGGCAGGUAUCAGUUUAAUUGUUGCAUUUAUUGCUCGAAAACUGCCAGACAGCUUUAAUGAGGCAAAGUUUAUUACAUUCAGUAUACUUGUCUUCAUAACUGUCUGGCUAUCCUUUGUGCCUGCAUAUCUGAGCACCAAAGGGAAGCUUAUGGUUGCAGUGGAGAUUUUUGCCAUUUUGUCUUCCAGUGCAGGUUUACUUGGCUGUAUAUUUUUUCCAAAAUGUUAUAUAAUUUUACUAAGGCCAGAAAUGAAUUCUAAAGAAUGUUUACUAGGGAAGAAAAAAUAUUACAAAUCAUAA